CUAGGGUUUCCGUUUGGUUUCCAAGAAAGCUAACGAAAAUUAAGAGAAAAGUUUUAAUCUUUUCUUUUUCAUGCGUUUGCUUUCCGCCCAAUGCUAUGAUCGAGUGGAGCUUGUUCGUCUUCCCGGGUCCUUAAUGAUGGGAAAUUUUAGAAAGAUUCAAGUUUUGUAUUGUUUCCUGUAUUUUCUCGGCAACAAAACGGACAGGACCGUAGUUGGAUCUUCGAAACACAUUAGGAUGGAAGAAGAAUUAUGGCAAUAUGAAGCUCACUGUCAUUUGUUGGUGGAUAUGAAUUCAUGAUUUUCUUAAAGAUCUUAGUUUCUGAUUUUUUUUUUUUUUUUUUCUGAAAAUCCGGUGUUUGCAACAGAAAUGGAGAAUCUCAGAGAAAUUAAGGCUCUGUUUGGUUCUGUGUCUAAAAGGAUUGUUUUAUUUUAUUUUGCUUCUGGAUUCUAGAAAUGGAGAAAGUGAACUGAUGUUGAAAAUGAAUAUCAAAGAUCGUUUGCAGAAACUGUUUCCCCAAAAUUUAUUUGAAGACACAGAUUUCUUUCUUUCUUUCUGUUUUUUGGAUUGUAUAUGAUUUGUAUUCUUUUUUUAUUUUGCUGCUUUCAUUUUUGUGGCUUUUGGGAAGUCCACAAUCAUAGUUUUUCGUAGCGAAAAGUAAAUUAUUUCUCUUCUCUAACUUAAUUCCUCAGUUGUUACAGGAACAGACUCUGUCAUUGAUUUGAUUAGUUAAACCAAAAAAAAUGGAUGGAAUUGUUCAAUGGAAAAAUCAACUGCUACAACAUGUAAAUCAAGCACAACAAUGGCUUCAACGGAUGUCAUCAACUCCACUUUACACUACCAUUGGCGUUGUAUCCCUAUCAACCAUCGUCAUUUUUUCAAUUCGUUGGUUGAAGCCAAGAAAAUCCAAUACUAUUAUUCUUGCUGGACUAAGUGGUAGUGGGAAAACCGUACUUUUCUAUCAGCUUCGAGAUGGUUCUUCACAUCAAGGAACUGUUACUUCGACGGAUACAAAUGAAGCCACUUUUGUGCUGCAAACUGAUCCCUUUUGGAAGGGAAAGCGAAGGCUCAUUCACUUGGUUGAUGUUCCUGGGCAAUCCCAUCUUCGAUCUAAACUUGAUAAAUACUUGCCCCAAGCAGCUGGCCUUAUUUUUUUGGUGGAUGGUUUAGAGUUUUUACGACAUUGCCCUGCAAUUGCUGAGUACUUGUUGGACAUCCUGACCAAUACUACCGUUGUGAAGAGAAAAAUCCCUGUGCUCAUUGUCUGCAACAAAACUGAUAAAGUAACUGCACAUACCAAGGAAUUCAUUCAAAAACUACUGGAAAGGGAAAUUCAAAAGCUGAGGGCAUCAGGAACUGCCAUGUCAGAAGCUGAUAUUGCUAAUGAGUACACACUUGGUGUAACUGGAGAAGCCUUUACCUUCUCCCAGUGCUGCAAUAUGGUUACUGUUGAAGAAGCUUCCGGACUGGUGGGCGAGAUAUCUCAGGUUGAGCAGUUCAUCACAAAGCACCUAAAGCCUUAGGCUCUGCUACAAUACCUUCAUUGAAAUCCUGUUUGCCAUUUCCAGAGGCAUGAAGUGUGGUAGCCCUUGUUUAUUGGAAGGCAGAUUUAUGGAUGAAUUUGGUCAUCGAAUGCUUGAAGUCAAUGCUGGUCAAUACCCAACGAAUUAGAAGAAUUUGGAAAUCCAUCUGCAGAUCGAGUUUGGUUCGGUUGUAGAUCCUUUCCCAUGCUUUCAAUACAGAAGCUUUUAUCAUUUAAAUUUAUCGCAAAUUUAUUCUAAAUGCAUACUGCACAAACCAAACUGCCCAAGGCAGGCUAUCCUAAUUGAUACCUUUACUUACAGAUAAGUGCCUUUUGCAAACUCCUCAGGCAAAUUGCAUUAAAGGGAGGCAAAAGCUGAGUUUUGGUU